AUGGCGUACGCUUACUUGUUUAAAUAUAUCAUCAUUGGCGACACAGGUGUUGGCAAGUCAUGCCUAUUGCUGCAGUUUACAGACAAAAGGUUCCAGCCAGUACAUGAUCUUACUAUUGGUGUGGAAUUUGGAGCCCGUAUGAUUACUAUUGAUGGCAAGCAGAUCAAACUACAAAUAUGGGAUACUGCUGGACAAGAAGCAUUUAGGUCAAUUACACGAUCUUAUUAUCGAGGUGCAGCAGGAGCUCUUCUUGUGUAUGAUAUCACUCGACGAGAUACCUUCAAUCAUUUGACCACAUGGCUUGAAGAUGCACGUCAACAUUCCAACUCAAACAUGGUCAUAAUGCUUAUUGGUAAUAAGAGUGACUUGGAGUCUAGACGUGAAGUAAAGAAAGAGGAAGGAGAGGCAUUUGCACGAGAACAUGGUCUGGUGAAGGAGUCUUUGACAUCAACAACGAGGCGAACGGCAUCAAGAUCGGUCCGCAGCACUCGACCGCGGGCGCGGGCGGAGCGGGCGGCGCGGGCGCGGGGGGCGCCCCGCCUGGCGGUUGCUGUUAGGUGCUGCACUGCACACGCUGACAGCCCGGCUUUGCGUCUGGGGUGCGAAGGGGUACAGCUGUGUGCAACAAACUUUGGUAUGAAACGUACUGCAUGCAGGAUUACA